AUAACUACAUACGUCUGCCUUACUUUUUAUGAGUCAUACAACACUGUCGGUUUAUAUGCCAUAUAUAAUACUGGGCAUGGUAGUGGUCGGGUGAAUGUGUGAACUUCGAUUUCCCUGGCGGAGAAGUGAACCACAAGACAACAGGAAACUAACAGGGAUAUACAGCGGUAACCAUGGAGAUCUUAGGGUUGGUGGAUGUGCCUACGUGGUUACUUGUCAUCAUCCUGAUGCCUGUAUUACAUGUCAUAUAUAUGACAUGGGGAUUUAACAAGUUCAAGGACAUGGGCAUAGACGGACCAGCACCGAAUCCCUUCUUUGGUCAUUUUCAUUCUUUAUUUUUUACAAGGGGAAUGAUGAACUGUGAUCGGGAUUGGUACAAGACAUACGACAAAGUUUAUGGGACUUUUGAAGGAAAAUAUGCUGUUUUAAAUAUUGGAAAGCCAGAAUUGAUAAAGGAGAUUUUAGUGAAGGAUUUCAGCAGCUUUGUCAACAGACGAGAUGACUUCAAUGCAGCCCUCGAAGAACCCAUGGACCAGAUGUUGACUCAACUUCAGAAUGACCACUGGAAGUUUGUUAGACGCACCCUUACGCCUGGGUUUAGUGGCCGCAAACUAAGAGGCAUGACAGAUCUAAUCAAUCUAGCCAUAGAAAGACUAUUAGAAAAGCUGAAAGACAAGGUAAACAAAGGAGAGGAUGUAGAAUUGAAAGAAUGGUUCGAGGCCUACACACUAGAGUCACUUUCCAGCACUGCAUUUGGAAUGCAGAUCGACAGUCAAAAGAACCCAGAUAAUCCCUUUCUCGUCACCAUCAAGAAGUUCAUCAAGCCAUCUAUUAAAAACUUCCUGAUCUUAAUUACUGUUUUCUAUCCGUUUACGGCCUCGCUAGUGAGGAGGAUUUCAGCCAGAAACGAUUGGUGUAAAGUGUUCACCGAUGCUGUCCUGCAGACUAUUAAACAUCGCGAGGAAAAUCCAGGGGACUACACUGAUUUGCUGCAACAGAUGAUUGACAGCCAAAAAGCUGGAAAGGCAGGGUCGGAUGAUGAAGACAACAAUGAGGACAAUGAAGCAACGAGGACGACCUGGACUAGAAAGGGCCUUACAGAACACGAAAUCUGUUCGCAGUCUUUGCUGAUUUUCUUUGCUGGUUAUUUUACCACGACCAACCUUCUCACCUGCUUGCUGCACCAGAUGGCCAUCGACCCAGAAACGUGUAACAAGGCUCAGCAGGAGAUAGAUGACCAGUUAGAUGGGAUACGGCCUAACUACGAAAACGUCCGUAAGCUUUCCUACCUGGAGAUGUGCAUUAGUGAGAUUCUUCGUUUGCAUCCAAUAACAAGAACUGACCGGUCAGCUUCAAAGGACGUUACGAUUGGAAACAUCUUCAUAAAAAAGGGAACCACAGUAGCCAUUCCCAUAGGAGCAAUCCACUAUGACGAGAACCUCUGGCCGGAUCCGGAAAAGUUCAUACCAGAGCGUUUCACCCCCGAGGCGAAGGCAGCGAGGGACCCAUUCGCCUAUCUUCCGUUUGGACAUGGCCCACGAAACUGUAUUGGAAACAGGCUGGCUCUGAUGCAGGCUAAGAUGACAGUGGCUAGUAUUCUGCAGAAGUAUACACCUGUCAAGUCUGAGAAAACCAAGAUACCCAUCAACAUAAAUACCCGGCAAUGGAGUCCACUGGACAAUUGGAUUCGAUUUGAAUCCAGAAGCUAGUCAAAAAAUGACGGGAUCAAUCGUUGAUACUGCAAACCUAUAAGCUGUAUCGAAUUUAUUAUUCAAUGUACAUAUGUAUACGUACUUCGUCAGUGAUAAGCCCAAAAUGACUUUGUACAAUGCGUCUUACUAAUAUUUGAUGUUUAUUCUUUUCCAAUGUGAGACAAUCUCACAUAGUGUGAUUGAUAUAAUAAGUAUAAGGGUCUCCAAUAUGAGAUAUUUUUAUACGAAAUUCUUUUUUUAAUUAGAAAAUGUUACAUUACCCCCGAUUUGCAAAGUUUUUAUUUGUUGCUUGUUAAAAUUAUUUUAUACUCCUUUCCUUCUUAUUAAAAUGUAUUAAAAAUGAAGACUUUGUGCCUGUCACCAAGGUAUAUUGCGGUGUGUCGCGUUUUUACAUGUUGUACUGCAUCAUUGUUUAAUUCAGUUGUACGUGAAAUAAUAAAGCUUUUUAUAUGC